UUGGUCCCUUAAAGGAUAAAGUAAAAGUAUUAUGACCUCAAAAUGUAGCUAGUAGGUACUUUAUACUUUGUAUAAUUAGCAUGUAACAAGACAUGAAUUAAUGUUAACAAUACAUCGAUCAACUCCAUAAAUACAAAACUCUGAACCUCCCUUUGUCCUCUCCACAAAAUCAACUCAUAGAUUAAACUUCUCAAACACGUACAAUGUCGUCGUCGUUGUCGUUGUCCGACCUCUCGUCAACCUCAUCAUCAUCAGCCACUUCUUUAACAUUAUCAAUACCAUCAAUUACAAGAGAUAAUACUACUAUAGCUAGCAACAGCAACAGCAACAGCAUAAGCAUAAGCAGCACUUGUUCUUCCAAACUUAUCGAUGAAGAACACCGCCACAUUCUCUCAGUAUCUAAGUCUAAAUCUGAUAGACUCCUUGGCAAGUUCUUCGACGCCUUGGAGUACGAUUUUGAUUACGACACCAGUGGUAUUUGGUCGCCUCCGAUUCGUCCAAGUGUGUUCUUGACCUCUCCUGGUAUUAUUAUUUGCUCUCAUGAUUAUGAUAAUAUGCUUGUCAAACCACUCUACAACAAAAACUCUCCAAAGAAGAAAAAUAAGAAUUACAAUAAUAAGAUUAAGAGGACUGUUACUGUUACUACUCUCAUCUCUUGCAGAAGAUUCUUGUCCUCCUGCUUCAAUGUGUUUUGGUGCUGUUAAGGAAUAUCUUGGUUUGGUCCACUUGAAUCAACAACGAAUUGAAGAAACCCAGUAGUCGUCCUUUUGUCUCUCUCACUCUUUUUCUAAAGUACCCUGUGUUUUUUCUAGUGUAAAUUGUUGUACUCACUAUCACUUUGUAUUUUAAAUUUUAUUUGUUCUUUUCUGCUAACUAUGCCCGAUGAGUACGUAUAAGUAUACUGUUUUGUUGAUCUCUCAAUGAGUAAUUUAAGAGUGACAUUUC